AAUUUAUCUCAUUUCCGAGCUCGACCAAAAUGACUCGCGCCUCAACCAAGCGUACUGCUGCCACUGCAUCUGCGUCUGACGCUGCCGUCGAUCCAGCUGCCGCCGCCACCACCGCUGCUGUUGCUGCACCUAUCACCAAGAAGACCCGCGUGAGCAAGGCCAGCGCAAGUGCCGCUGGUGGCGAGGAUGAGCAGGAAGCACCGACUGCUCGCCGAUCCAGUCGUGCCAAGACCACCACCACCAAUACCGCUACGACGACGACGACUGUUACCACGACUGUCACUGUUGCCUCGGACACUGCCAGUGCCAUGGAAGUCGACACGCCCGAUGAUGCCAGCGUGAAGGGCAAAGGAAAGAAAGCCAAAGCUCCGGCCAAGAAAGCCGAGAAGGACGACGCAGACGACGAUGCUGCCGAGACCGACGCUGCGACCGAGAAAACGGUCGUUGCGAACGUCAAGUUCUCGGCGGAAGCGCUCAAGACCCUGACAUACACCACAAGUCGCGCGGCUCCCAACGGCAAGCCCAUCAACUUUAAAAUUGCGUGCUGGAAUGUCAACGGAUUGAAGAACGCCAUCAAGGAGGGCUGCUUGCAGUAUCUCGAGUACGAAAAGCCGGAUGUACUUUGCAUCCAGGAAACAAAAUGCGGCGAGGGCGAGAUUCCCGCUGACUCUGCCGUGCCCGGAUACUAUGGCUACUGGUAUUCGGCCCAAAAGCGAGGAUAUGCCGGCACUGGCAUGUACUCGAAAACCCAACCGAUCCGUGUCUCGUUUGGCCUGAAUGUACCGGAGCAUGACACGGAAGGCCGAGUGAUCACCGCAGAGUUUGCUGAUUUCUACUUGGUGACUGCUUACGUGCCCAACUCGGGACAGAAGCUCGAAACGUUGCCGUACCGCCAGACGUGGGACGUUGCGUUCCGCACCUAUCUGCUGAGCCUGGAUGCCAAGAAGCCCGUGGUGCUGUGCGGCGACCUCAAUGUUGCCCAUAACGAAAUUGAUCUCAAAAACCCAAAGACCAACAAGCGUUCGGCCGGCUUCACGCCUCAGGAGCGCGAGGGCUUUACGACCAUUCUUGGAACCGAGUUUGUUGAUUCGUUCCGUGUCCUGUACCCCGAAGAGUCGGCCUACUCGUUCUGGUCUUACCGCCACAAUUCUCGUGCCCUGAACGUUGGCUGGCGUCUGGACUACUUUGUCGUCUCCCAACGCUUUAUGCAGAGCGUGGCAGACAGCCAAAUCCGCUCUCAAGUGUACGGCAGCGACCAUUGCCCGAUUGUUCUUCAUUUGAGUCUGUGAUCGGAUUGUGUGCAGUCAUCCUCGUGACUGCGGUUGUUUGGGUUGGUGUGUGGUUUGCUGUAUGGUUUGUUUUUGAACUGCGGUUCAGUCCAUGUGCAAAAAUAAACAAACAAUUUUGACGUU